AUGACUCCCAACAACGACCAGCCCGUCCUCUACUCGGAUGAGCAGAACCGUGGCAAAGUCGCCACUGCCUUUGCGCCCGUCACCAACGCCUUCAGACUGGUGAGGAAGCACACCAACCUAACUAUCUGGAUCGUUGUUGCCAUGGUCAUCGGUAUCAUUGUCGGCAAGUUUGCCCCCGAGUUUGCUGUCCAGAUCAAGCCUAUGGGAGAUGUCUUCGUCCGCCUCAUCGGAAACGUUGUCGGUCCUUUGAUUUUCUCCACCCUCGUCGUCGGUAUCGCCGGACACGGCUCUGACAUGGCUAGAGUCGGUCGCCUGGCCUUCAAGUCCAUCGUCUACUUCGAAAUCGUCACCACCUUUGCCCUCCUCAUCGGUCUUCUUGCCGUCAACAUCGCCAAGCCCGGUUCAGGAUUCGUUGGCCAGAGCAUCGACCCCCCCUCUGACCUUCCCACCAAGGAGAUCACCUGGAUCACCGAGAUGGAGUCCAUUGUCCCCCUGACCUUCUUCCUCGCCAUGUCUGACCACACGGCCGUUCUCGCCAUCGUCUUCUGCGCCGCCAUGUUCUCUGUCGCCAUUAUGAAGGCCGAUGAGGAGUCCAAGAGAGUCAUGAUCGCCUUCAACUCCUCGCUCUCCCUCAUCAUGUUCAAGGUCGUUGAGCUCAUCAUGAACUACGCCCCCAUCGGUAUCGGAUGCGCCAUUGCUGCCACCGUCGGCAAGUACGGCUUGGGUGUCUUGAUCGUCACCGGCAAGUUGGUCGGAACGCUCUACGCCACCUUGAUCAUCUUUGUCCUCCUCGUCCUCCUUCCCAUCCUCUUGAUCGCCCGCAUCCCUCUCGUCCAGUUCAUCAGAGCUGUCGGCCCUCCCUUCCUCAUGGCCUUUGCCACCGCCUCGUCCGAGUCUGCCCUUCCCAAGGCCAUGGAGAACAUGGUUGCCUUCGGCUGCCCUCCCGAGAUUGUUGCCUUCGUUAUCCCCACGGGUUACUCUUUCAACUUGGACGGUUCUACCCUCUACCUCGCCCUUGCCUCCAUGUUCUGCGCCCAGGUCGCCGGUGUCACCAAGACUGUCGGUGAGCAGAUCGUCAUGAUGCUCACCCUUAUGUUGAGUUCCAAGGGUGUUGCCGCCGUCCCCCGUGCUUCCUUCAUCGUCUUGAUUGCCACCUUGGGUAACGCCAACAUUCCCCUGUACCCUCUCUCGUUGAUUAUGGGAGUCGAUGCCUUCAUGGAUAUGGCCCGUACCUCGAUCAACGUUCUCGGAAACAUGACUGCCUGCUGCAUUGUUGCCAAGUGGGAAGGUGCUUUCCGUGACGAGGCCUGGCAGGCCCGCCAAAACGGCGAGUUGCUCGAUGGCCCCACCAUGCAGGAAGUUGAUGUUGAACAGUUCUCGCAGAUCCAGCACCACGGUAACGACCACACCUUGGGCGGUUUCCACGCCGAGAAGGCCUCCAUCCACUCAAACUCGUCUGCUGUCGAGACCCACUCUGGAUCGUCUGCUCAGCAGCGCCACCACAACGGUGACCAGAUCGUGUAA